CGGGGCGGCGCUUCCCUGCCUGCCUGCCUGCCUGCCUGCCUGCCUGCUCUUGCCGCAGCCGCAGGGUCCCGCUCGGCCUCCUGCCCGUCUUAGCGUUAUCCUUGGCGCCAUGCAGGGAGAGGACGCCCGCUAUCUGAAGAGAAAGGUAAAAGGAGGAAAUAUUGAUGUACAUCCAUCAGAAAAGGCACUCAUUGUUCACUAUGAAGUUGAAGCUACUAUUCUUGGGGAGAUGGGAGAUCCUAUGUUGGGAGAACGCAAAGAAUGCCAAAAAAUCAUUCGGUUGAAGAGUCUCAAUGCAAACACAGAUAUUUCUUCCCUGGCUCAGAAGGUGGUGGAGGAAUGCAAGCUUAUUCACCCCUCCAAACUUGCAGAAGUGGAACAAUUGCUCUAUUACCUGCAGAACCGUAGAGACACUUCAUCUGCAAAAGGUGGGCAAAAAAAAAAGAAAAAAUCCAGUAAUCCAAAAGAUCCACCACCUUUUGAAGGGAUGGAGAUUGACGAAGUAGCAAAUAUCAAUGACAUGGAUGAAUAUAUCGAAUUACUUUAUGAAGAUAUUUCUGAUAAAGUCCAUGGCUCUGCACUUAUUCUGCAGUUGGCCAGGAAUCCUGAUAAUCUGGAAGAACUUCUGCUUAACGAAACUGCACUGGGUGCUUUGGCCAGAGUUCUGCGAGAAGACUGGAAACAAAGCGUAGAACUUGCUACUAAUAUCAUUUAUAUUUUUUUCUGCUUCUCUAGCUUUUCUCAAUUUCAUGGGCUUAUCACUCACUAUAAAAUUGGAGCUCUUUGCAUGAACAUUAUUGAUCAUGAGCUGAAGAGACAUGAGCUGUGGCAAGAAGAACUCAUCAAGAAGAAGAAAGCUGUUGACGAAGAUCCUGAUAAUCAAAUCCUGAAAAAAGAAUAUGAAAAAGCCUUUAAGAAGUACCAGGGGCUGGUUGUCAAGCAAGAGCAGCUGCUUCGAGUUGCUCUUUAUUUGUUGCUGAAUCUGGCAGAGGACACUCGUACUGAGCUGAAGAUGAGAAACAAGAAUAUUGUCCGCAUGUUAGUGAAAGCUCUGGACCGGGAUAACUUUGAAUUGCUGAUACUCGUAGUGUCAUUUCUGAAGAAACUCAGCAUUUUUAUGGAAAACAAAAAUGAUAUGGUUGAAAUGGAUAUUGUUGACAAACUAGUAAAAAUGGUACCCUGUAAACAUGAAGACCUGCAGAACAUUACUCUGCGACUUUUAUUGAACCUUUCCUUUGACACAAGCUUGAGAAAUAAAAUGGUCCAAGUUGGGCUUCUUCCAAAACUCACAGCAUUAUUAGGAAAUGAAAAUUAUAAACAAGUGGCCAUGUGUAUCCUAUAUCACAUAAGCAUGGAUGACCGUUUUAAAUCAAUGUUUGCAUACACAGACUGUAUCCCUCAGUUAAUGAAGAUGCUGUUUGAAUGUCCUGAUGAACGUGUUGACCUGGAGCUCAUUUCCUUUUGCAUUAAUCUGGCUGCUAAUAAGAGGAAUGUACAACUUAUUUGCGAAGGAAAUGGGCUGAAGAUGCUGAUGAAGAGAGCACUGAAAUUCAAGGAUCCACUAUUGAUGAAAAUGAUCAGGAACAUCUCUCAGCAUGAUGGGCCAACCAAAACUUUGUUUAUUGAUUAUGUUGGUGACCUGGCUGCUCAAAUAUCUAAUGAUGAAGAAGAAGAAUUUGUUAUAGAAUGCUUAGGAACACUGGCAAAUUUAACCUUGCCUGAUUUGGAUUGGGAACGUGUGCUGAAAAAAUACAAAAUGGUACCAUAUCUCAAAGACAAACUAAAACCAGGUUCUGCAGAAGAUGACCUUGUUUUGGAAGUGGUAAUAAUGAUUGGAACUGUAUCCAUGGAUGACUCCUGUGCAGCACUGCUGGCUAAAUCUGGAAUAAUUCCAGCACUUAUUGAACUCCUUAAUGCUCAGCAGGAAGAUGAUGAGUUUGUGUGCCAAAUCAUUUAUGUGUUUUACCAGAUGGUCUUUCAUCAAGCCACAAGAGAUGUCAUCAUCAAGGAGACACAGGCUCCAGCAUAUCUGAUAGACCUUAUGCAUGAUAAAAAUGCUGAAAUCUGUAAAGUCUGUGACAAUACACUGGAUAUAAUAGCGGAAUAUGAUGAGGAGUGGGCUAAGAAGAUCCAGAGUGAAAAGUUCCGAUGGCACAACUCCCAGUGGCUAGAAAUGGUUGAAAGUCGGCAAAUGGAUGAAAAUGAGCAGUACCUGUAUGGGGACGAUCCUAUUGAACCCUAUAUCCAUGAAGGGGACAUAUUAGAAAGACCUGAUCUUUAUUACAAUGCUGAUGGACUGAUAACACAUGAUGGAGCAGUGAGUCCUGAUUUCUUCAAUGAUUACCAUCUUCAGAAUGGAGACCCCAUGAAUCAGCAUCCUUUCUCUAGCAGUGUUGCAAUUGAUGGAUUUGGCCAGCCUCUGGGUAUCCCAAACCGCCCCACCACUGCUUAUGGGUAUCGACCAGAUGAUCCUUAUUAUUACAGCUUUGGAUCACGAUAAAACCUACAGCUUUGUAGGCUGCUGCAUUAAACACUUAUCUUCAUAUAUUCUUGAACAUCUGUAGCUGAAUUUUGACUUUUUCUUAAUAAUGCAUGAUGCUACUGUUUUAAAGAUCUGUGUGGUAUACUCCCUUUGCUAUCUGUUAUUCUAAAGAAAUGAUCAUCAUUUACUUACUCUUACCCACAUUUGUCUGUUGCAGUUUCUGCUAGAUAGUGAAAAUUGUUCACUGGAAAGUCAACACUGUUAUUUAUAUUAAGAAACUAACUUAAUUUUGAUUAAAAGCAGAUUAUGUAAUCAGUGGUAUUGAAUUCCCAGGCUCCCUAGGUUUUUCAACUAGGCUUGUGAAUAUGUUUAUCUUUUUUAAUGUCCUUAAAGAUUAGAUAACAUGCUUAAAUACAAUGUCAGACCUCUCCUUUCUGUGAUACUUCUUAUGAACAGGGCAUGUACUUGACACUGUUAUUGUAAAUAGUGAAUUUUUCAGUUGCUGUUAUUGCAUAAUUAAUGUGUGUAUGAAUUUGUGACUUUUGCUGCUUGAAAACUUUGAAAGAAGUCGUAGGUAUUGUGCUAUUCUGUGUUGUUAGAUAUAUGGGGAACAAUAUCAAAAGGGUGAAAAUCAAAAAGGAGGGCAACUUGUAAAAGGUGCUAGGGAGAAGCAUGCAUUUGAAUUUCAAAUUUGUGCCUAACUACUCUAACCCAGGGGAAGUUUCUGUUGAAUCUGGAUGUUUUUUGUUUCUUCAUGAUACUUUAUCAUAAACUGUUCCAAAGUCCUUUCAAA